AUCGCGCGCGCGCGCGAUGGAUCUCGCGAAAACGAUCCCAAAAUGUCUCAACGACGCGCAAAUCUCGUUGACGACGCACAAGCGCGGCGCCAAGACGCUGUGCGCGGUGCGAAACGAAGACCCAGAGACGUUUUUACCGACGUUUUGUAACGCAAUCUUGCCGGUUUUGCUCGAGUACAAGGAAGGAAUGGAGGAAGACGCGGAUGAGUUCAACGAGGCGUUUUUGGGAUUUUUGCUCAACUUGCACGGAGCGAAGGACAAGGCGGUGCGAUUCCGCGCGUGUCAAAUCAUCGCGGGUGUGCUGAAUGGACUCGGUGCCGACGCUGAGGUGAGCGAUGAGUUGUAUGAACGCAUGACGGACGUGAUGCUGGAGCGGAUUCGGGAUAAGAUGCCGCCGGUGCGGGCGCAGGCGGCGCGAGCGCUGAGUCGUUUGCAAGACGGAGGGGAGACGCAAGAUUUCUCGCAGGAUGACAUCACGCAAGCGUUCGUGGAGUUGCUCGGAAGCGAAAAGAACAAAGAGGUGCGAAAGGCGAUUUUGGGCUCGCUCGCGAUCUCUGAUUACACGAUUCCGUGCGUUGUAGAACGCACGCGGGACGUGGCGGAGGACGUUCGUCGCAUCGCAUUUUUGGCGCUCACGUCCAAGGUGCCCGUCGAGUCGGUGUCUAUCGCGCAUCGUGCCUUGGUUUUGCGUCGAGGUUUGAAUGAUCGCGCACCCAUGGUUCGAAGCGCGAGCGUCGAGAUGCUCAAGCGAUGGCUCGAAGCAUUCCAGGGCGACGUCGUGAAAUUCCUCACCGCGCUCGACGUCGAGUCCAACGAAUCCGAAGCCGAGCUCGCGCUCAAGGAACUCAUCACCAUCGGUCGCAUCAAGCCUAUGGACGUGUGCAAAGACGUCGAGCUGGUGUCGAAAGGUUUGAAACGCGACAUCGACGUCGACGGUCUCAUGACGCCCGAAGAAGGGUUGUACUGGCGCGUCGUUUUGCAACAUUUGGCCGAAGCCUCCGCCGUCAAGGGCGCAAAUUCGGCGCAGUCGGUCGGUCAAGCGCGGGAAAUCGCCGUCGCCGAAGUCGGUGAGAUGAUCGAAGCUAUGGAAUCGGCGUUACCGCCGACGGCGAUGGAUUUGCUGAGCAUCGUGAGCUCGCACGCGAAGAGCGCGGAAGGGAAAUUCGCGGCGAGACAACUCCUACCUCUUCUCAAAUGCGUCGAUCUGAACGACGGUGCGAUUCGACGAGGCGCCAUCAACUUGGUCGCUGAGCAGCUUCACGUCAAACCCGUGGUGAAUUCGCACGGAUCGUCGUACGCGUGCGGGGGUGAUGGCAAGUGGGAGAGCGCGCUCGUCGAAAUUGCUCGUCUCGUCGCCAACGAUUCCACCGAAUUCGCCGGUCUCGUUUUGGACGCCGCAGAUUCUCUUCAAAUGUCUGGUACUGCCGAAUCGCUCACGCAGGCGUUGUACAUCGCGGGUUCUUUGCUCGAGCGCACGUCGAAGCGUUUACCAUCCGUCGCCGCCGAAGCCGUGAUGGACUCUUUGAUCAAGCCCGCGGUGACGCACUCCACCACGGCGGUUCGCCGGGAAUCGAUGCGCGUGCUGGGUCUCUUACUCGCUUCUCAAGGCGUCAUCAACCCUGACGCGGUGGUGAUUCUGCGAACGGCCUUAAGUGCCGAUGCCGCGCCCGUUCGAUGCAUGGCGGCUCGCGCGCUCGGCGACGCAGCGCUUCUUCAUGGUCCCGCGGCGCUGGACAAAUAUCGCGUCCUCGUCGAUCCGGAGGAUGAAGACGUCACUGAAUCCGCAUUCAACGCGAGUCUUCCUCUCGAGAUUGCACUCAUGAAGUGCCUCGAUGAAGAAGGAAAACCAUUUGUGUUCAAAGCGAACGCGUAUGAUUUGGAAGACGUAGAUGUUGAAGACGUGGAUGCCACCAAGGCCGCCGCGGCGGUGGAGGCGGAGGAAAGCGUCGGCACCGUCGCCGCGGAGUCGCUCUGCAAAAUCAUCCUUCGUCGCGGUGAAGGCGCGUUUGAAGCCGCUGCGGCGGUUGUCUCGCGAUUGCUUGGCAGCUACUUUGCGGCGGAUGCGCAGCGAAGACCGCGUCUCGCACAAUGCUUGGCCGUCUUCUUCCCGGCGCUCGCAAGCGGGCCGGAGGAUCGUCGACGCUUGCUCGCGGAUUGCGCCCUGCCGGCUUUGCGCGCCGCGGCUAAGAUCAAGGGCUUGUCGCGCGUCGCCGCCCUUCUCGUGCAACUUCUCACCGCGUCCGAAGAACCGACGGCGGGCGGCGCCGAACUCGCCCUCGCGUUGGCGAACGAAUCUCUGGCGUUAAGCACGAAGCAAACGCCAUCUGGCGCGCAAGCACCGCUCGCCAAGGCGUACACCAACGCCAUCGCUCGCGUGUUAUCUGUCGUUCCAGUGAAAUCCACGCGAGACGAAGUCGACGUCGCUGAAAAGGUCGAGCUGAACGACACGUUAACCAAGGCUUGGCACGCCGCCGUGCUCGCGGCGGAGCGAACAAAGGAAAAGUCUGCGGCCAAGGAUUUGGCGAUGGCGGCAGAACGUCUUCGCUCGAAUUGCCUUGCGACACAAAAGACGGUGGCGCCCGAAACCGAAGGUAGCGAAGGAAUCGCCGUUCCAGCGGAUGACGACGACUUAUCGACGCAGAUGAACGACGACGUUCGCGCCGCCGUGAUGGAGUACGCAGAGGAGCUCGCCAACGGCGCUGACGUACCGUUUUGCGGUUCUAAAGUGAAAGCCGCCAAGGUGAAAGCCGCGCCCGCGGUGCCGACGCGCGAGUCUCGUUCGCGCGCGAGCAAAACUGCGGCGGCGGAUAAGCUGAAAGACGACGACUUGAAGAAGCCGCUUCCGAAAGUCACGCCCGAACGCAAGUCUCGUUCUCGACGAGGCGCGCUGCAAGAAACAAACUGACGCGAAACAUCGAUG